CUACGGCGGACACUUUUUGGACCGACGCGUACCGAACAUGUUCCGGGCUCUGAACGCUGCGCUCACGGUGCUUCUGGCCGCCUCGCUGUCGCGGCGGAGCACGGCGGGAGGCUACGGUGGUGGUGGCGGCGGCGGCGGUGUGGCUCUUUUCGCCGCCCAGACCUCACCCCCGGACCCCUGCUACGACGAGCACGGCCACCCGCGCCGAUGCAUCCCGGACUUCGUCAACUCGGCCUUCGGCCAGGAGGUGAGGGUGUCCAGCACCUGCGGGCGGACCCCCGGCCGCUACUGCGUGCUGAGCUCGGCGGACAAAGUGGACGAGCGGACGCGGAACUGUCACACCUGCGACGCGGCCGACCCCAAAAGGUCGCACCCUCCGGCGUACCUCACCGACCUCAACAACCCGCACAACCUAACGUGCUGGCGCUCGGAGAACUUUAUCCAGUCCCCGCAGAACGUCACCCUGACUCUGUCCCUGGGCAAGAAGUUCGAGGUGACCUACGUCAGCCUCCAGUUCUGCUCGCCCAGACCGGAAUCCAUGGUCAUCUUCAAAUCCAUGGACUACGGCAAGACGUGGGUGCCCUUCCAGUUCUACUCGACCCAGUGCCGGAAGAUGUACAACAAGCCCAACCGGGCCGCCAUCACCAAGCAGAACGAGCAGGAGGCCAUCUGCACGGACUCGCACACCGACAUGUUCCCGCUGAGCGGCGGCCUGAUCGCCUUCAGCACGCUGGACGCGCGACCCUCCGCGCACGACUUCGACAACUCCCCGGUGCUGCAGGACUGGGUGACGGCCACCGAUAUCCGGGUGACGUUCGGGCGGCUGCACACGUUCGGCGACGAGAACGAGGACGACUCGGAGCUGGCCCGGGACUCCUACUUUUACGCCGUGUCCGACCUGCAGGUGGGCGGCCGCUGCAAGUGCAACGGACACGCGUCGCGCUGCGUCAAGGACCGCGACGGGGAGCUGGUGUGCGAGUGCAAGCACAACACGGCCGGGCCGGAGUGUGACAGGUGCAAGCCCUUCCACUAUGACCGGCCGUGGCAGAGAGCCACUGCCCGGGAGGCCAACGAGUGUGUGGCCUGCAACUGCAACCUGCACGCCCGCCGCUGCCGCUUCAACAUGGAGCUGUACAAGCUGUCGGGGAGGAAGAGCGGCGGCGUCUGCCUCAACUGCCGCCACAACACGGCCGGCCGCCAUUGUCACUACUGCAAAGAGGGCUACUACCGAGACCUGUCCAAGGCCAUCACGCACAGGAAGGCCUGCAAGGCAUGUGAUUGCCAUCCCGUGGGUGCCGCCGGCAAAACCUGUAACCAAACCACAGGACAAUGUCCCUGUAAAGACGGUGUGACGGGUAUCACGUGCAACCGCUGCGCUAAAGGCUACCAGCAGAGCCGCUCACCCAUUGCUCCCUGCAUAAAGAUUCCUGUUACACCGCCUACGCCUGCAGUCAGCAGUACAGAAGAGCCCUCGGACUGCGACUCGUACUGCAAGGCCUCCAAAGGCAAACUGAAAAUCAACAUGAAGAAAUAUUGCAAGAAGGAUUACGCCGUCCAGGUGCACUUUCUGAAGGCGGAGAGGGCGGGCGAGUGGUGGAAGUUCACCGUCAACAUCAUCUCCGUCUACAAGCAGGGCGAGAGCCGCAUCCGCCGCGGGGACCAGUUCCUGUGGGUGCGUGCCAAGGACGUGGCCUGCAAGUGUCCCAAGAUCAAACCGGGCAAGAAGUACCUGCUGCUGGGCAACGACGAGGACUCCCCCGGUCAGGGCGGCGUGGUGGCGGACAAAGGCAGCCUGGUGAUCCAGUGGAGGGACACGUGGGCGCGCAGGCUCAGGAAGUUCCAACAGCGCGAGAAAAAGGGAAAGUGCAAGAAGCCUUAGGUGGAAACAGACGCUGCAGGGGGGCGGAAGCUGAGUGCAGCUUUUCGAAAGAACGAAACAGAGACAGAAGACUGCGGACAGAAGGGACUGUUGGUGUCGCUGCUUGUUUUCUUUGUUUUCCUUUAGUAGCAUGAAGAGAAUUAUUUAGGGAUUCUUCUCUAGUGAACUUUUGUUGAAGGAGCUCACCGCCCAGAUUUGGUUCUACCGUUUUCUUCGACGUCGCUUGUGGAUUUGCCGAAUUUGCACCAGUAUAUGUACGGUCACGAGUCUGUCUUACGCUCAGUAUACAACCAUUAUAUAUAUUUUUUUUUUCCUGGUGCGAAAAUGAAAUGUAAAAGCCACUCAAAUCCCACUCAAGUUUUGCCUUUGCAUGUUUUUUUGGGGGGGUUUUUGGACCAAUAACAUAGUACCUUGCUCGCUAACAGUAUUUUGUAUUAUUAUUUAUAGUCUCCCUUAUUAGUUGAACAAAUUUCAAAAGAUUCAGAAAUGUGUCCUCUGCAUGUGACCCAUCCCCUUGACCACCCUCUGGGAGGUGAGGGGAGCAGUGAGCAUCAGCGGUGGCCGCGCCUAGGAUUAAUUUUUGGUGAUUUAACUCCCAAUUCUAACCCUUGAUGCUGAGUGCCAAGCAGGGAGGUAAUGGCUCCCAUUUUUACAGUCUUUGGUGUGACUCGGCCGGGGUUUGAACUCACAACCUACCGAUCUCAGGCGGGACACUGAGCAGGUAGAGACAAAAAGUGGCGUCCUACCACACUGAGAAACUGUUUUCCGAUGAACACUUACGAUUUGAGGUGCCUACGCUAAACAUAUUACUUAAAGGCCUACUGAAAUGAGAUUUUCUUAUUUAAACGGGGAUAGCAGGUCCAUUCUAUGUGUCAUACUUGAUCAUUUUGCGAUAUUGCCAUAUUUUUGCUGAAAGGAUUUAGUAGAGAACAUCGACGAUAAAGUUCGCAACUUUUGGUCACUAAUAAAAAAGCCUUGCCUUUACCGGAAGUAGUAGACGAUGUGCGCGUGACGUCACAGGUUGUAGGGCUCCUCACAAUCGCACAUUGUUUAUAAUCAUAGCCUCCAGCAGCAAGAGAUAUUCGGACCGAGAAAGCGACAAUUUCCCCAUUAAUUUGAGCAAGGAUGAAAGAUUGGUAGAUGAAGAAAGUUAGAGUGAAGCACAAAAAAAAGAAAAUUAAAAAAAGGCGACGGCUCCAGGCGGCAGCAGUGAGAUCGUUUCAGAUGUAAUUAGACGAAUUUACUAAGGUAAUUCUGGAAAAUCCCUUAUCUGCUUAUUGUUUUAAUAGCAAUGAGAUUGUAUAGUCAUGCCUGAAAGUCGGAGGGCUGUGGUGAAUGCCGGUGUCUCUCAGAGAAGCCAAUGGAAGGGCCAAGAUCACAGCUGCCUUUUUGAGCUGCAGGAUGAGGUCGCAUAAUCCACUGAAGUCUCCAGUGUAGCGGUAAAGUCCUAUACUAUUACUGCUACUGGUUGCCGAAUAUAAAUGAAGCUAGUUCAGACGUGUGCAGCCGGCUAAUAAUUGAUGUCCAAAAUUGUGUCCAUGUUUAACAAAAAUAUUUAAUAUCAUAAAGUCCCAUUUAUAUAACACACUUUGUACAAAAACGGAAAAUACACAGGAGCAAACAAAUACUAGCCUGGCACAGUCAAAAACUGUUGCGCCUCGACUCAGCAACACCUGGGCAAGAUCCUGACUCCUCCCUAAAUAGACAGGCACUUGGCCUUGGAGCCAACCCCUUUAGUGACGUCAUCAAUUUGACAGAGAGAAAGUGUAUUUGGCUCUAAAACUCCGGUAAGAGCCGACUUAAUAUCACAAUUUUCCCAUCCAAAAACUUGCUGGUUGACGUAGAGAAACAUGUUCACUUGACCGCUCUGUGUUAAAGCUUCACAACAAAGAAACACCGGCUGUGUUUCGGUGCUAAAGGCAGCUGCAAUCCACCGCUUUCCACCAACAGCAUUAUUCUUUAUAGACUACAUUAUUAAUUGAAGAAAUUGCAAAAGAUUCAGCAACACAGAUGUCCAAAUUACUGUGUAAUUAUGCGAUGAAAAGAGACGACUUUUAGCCGUGUGUGGGGCUGGGCUAAUAUGUCCGCUACAACCCGAGACGUCACAAACACGCGUCAUCAUACCCGUCAUCAUUCCGCGACGUUUUCAACAAAAAACUCUGCGGGAAAUUUAAAAUUGUAAUUUAGUAAACUAAAAAGGCCGUAUUGGCAUGUGUUGCAAUGUUAAUAUUUCAUCAUUGAUAUAUAAACUAUCAGACUGCUUGGUCGGUCGUAGUGGGUUUCAGUAGGCCUUUAAAAGGUUCAAAUCAGUUUAAAUAGAACACAUUUUUCAAUUUUAUACUAGUAGUACAUAAGAUUUUGUUAAUAAUUCCUUCCAAGAGGUUUGAUACAGAACGAAUGGUACAAAAACCGUGGCAAUUUUUCCCAUAAGAAAUCAUGUAAAUCCAAUUAAUCUGUUCCCGACACUCAAGAACAUUAACAAAAAUCACACUUUUAUUGAUAAUAAUCACAAUUCUAUUUCUCACCUUCUUUAUAAAAGUACACAACUUUCUUUGGCUCCUUGGUGGCUUAUUUUGCAGUCACACUUGGUAGAAAGAGACUGAGUAGCCAACACGUGGGGUUCUUUGUUUGGGAACUUGAUUCCGUGUAGUGAUAUGUGGGCAAAUGGACUUGUUUGUUACGCGUAAUGUUUGACCGUACAAUGAACUAGAAGGACUUAGAAACCAGGAAAACAUUUGGUCGAAUCAUGCCAAAAGCAGAAUGUACGAUAACCAAAACGGUGUAAAAAAUUGGGUCAAAAUAAAGUCAUACAAAAUAUUGAGUGUAGAAUAACCGACCGGUAUACAAAAAAUAUUUUCUGUCAAAAACAAUAACCGAGGCGGUAUAUAAAAACUGUGGUAAAAAAAAAUCCUUAAAAACCGAAUCAUACAAAAAGUGGGUAUACAAGACGGUAUACAAAAACCGUGGCAAAAUUUCGUAAAAAAAAAUAUCCUGCGAAGAACGAUAACCCAGACGGUAUCUGUGGCAAAAUUUGGGUGAAAAUUUUCCUCAAAAACCAAAUCAUACAAAAAUGAAAGUUACGAUAACCAAGAUGGUACACGAAAACCGUUAAAAACUUAAAAAAAAAAAAUAAUUCAGCAAAAAACGAUAACCGAGUUGGUAUCUGUGGCAAAAUUUGGGUAAACAUUUUCCUCAAAAACCAAAUCAUACAAAAAGUGAAGCGCACGUAACCAAGACGGUAUACGAAAAUGUUCCUGAAACACAAAAUCGAUCAAAAAAAAUCUGCGCAGUACAAUAAUCAAAAAUACGAAAAUCGUGGCAAUAUUUUGGCAAAGAAUUUGUCAAUACAUUUUAGUCAAAAAACAAUAACUGAUGGAAUAUGUCGCUGCUAAAUUUUGAAAUUUACAGAAGGUGGGGACGUAUGAUAACUAAGACGGUAUACAAAAACUGUGGCAAACUUUUGUAAAAAAAAAAUAUUCUGAGGAAAAAGAUAACCGAGAUGGUUUUCUUUAAAAAACAAAUCAUACAAAAUGUGUAUGAAUGAUGUGUACAAAAAGUACAAUAACCAAGACCGUAUACGAAAACCAUGGCAAAAUCUAGGCGCAAAUUUUUCUCAAAACCAAAAUCAUAAGAAUGCGGGUCUAACGGUAACCGAGGAUGUAUACAAAAACGGUGGCAACAUUUUGGCAAAAACUUUCGUCAAAAACCUAAUCUGGCAAGGAAUGAGGCAUACGAUAACCAAGAUGAUAUAUAAAAAACGUGGCAACAUUUUGUCGCAAAUUUUCCUCAAACACGUUACUAACCAUUCAAAGAAAAUAUCUGCAGUACGAUAACCGAGACGGUAUACAAAAAUCGUGCCAAUAUUUUGUUCAAAAAUCUGUCAAUAUGUUUUCGGCAAAAAACAAUAACUGAGAUGGAAUGUGUCAUGGCUAAAUUUUGGCAAAACAUUUCCUCAAAAACUGAAUCAUACAGAUAGUGGGGCGUACGAUAACAAAGACGGUAUACAAAAACUAUGGCAAAUUUUUCGAAAAAAAAAAAUUAUUCUGCGAUAAAUGAUAACCGAAACGGUAUUGGUGGCGAAAUUUGGCCAAAAAAUUUCCUCCAAAAAAAAAAAUCAUACAAAAAGUGAAGCGUACGAUAACCAAGACGAUAUAUGAAAACCGUAGCAAAAUCAAAGCGCAAAUUUUCCUCAAAAACUAAAUCAUAAAAAAGCGGGGCUAACGGUAACCGAGGCUGUAUACAAAAACGAUGGUAACAUUUUGGCAAAAACUUUUUCAAAAACCUAAUCUAGCAAGGAAUGAGGCAUACGAUAUCUAGACAAUAUAUAAAAACCGUGGGAAAAUUUUGUUGCAAAUUUUCCUCAAACACGUAAGUAACCAUUCAAAGGAAAUCUGCGCAGUACGAUGACCAAGAUGGUAUACGAAAAUUGUGGCAAUAUUUUCUUUAAAAAAUUUAUCAAUAUAUAUUUUGUCAAAAACGUUAACUGAGAUGGAAUGUGUCGUGGCUAAAUUUUGGCAAAACAUUUCUUCAAAAACUGAAUCAUAGAGAAGGUGGGUGCGUAUGUUAACCAAGACGGUAUACAAAAACUGUGGCAAAGUUUUGUAAAAACAAAAAUUCUGCAAUAAACGAUAACCGAGACGGUAUCGGUGGAAAAAUUUGGGCAAAAAUUUUCCUCAAAAACCAAAUCAUACAAAAAGUGAAGCGUACGAUAACCAAGACAGUAUACGAAAAUCAUACCAAUAUUUUGUCCAAAAAUCUGUCAAUAUAUUUUUUUGUCAAAAAAACAAUAACUUAGAUGGAAUGUGUCUUGGCUAAAUUUUGGCAAAACAUUUCCUCAAAAACUGAAUCAUACAGAAGGUGGGGCGUACGAUAACCAAGACGGUAUACAAAAACUUUGGCAAAUUUUUGCAAAAAAAAAAAAAUUCUGCGAUAACCGAGACUGUAUCGGUGGCAAAAUUUGGGCAAAAAUUUUCCUCAAAAACCAAAUCAUACAAAAAGUGAAGCGUACGAUAACCAAGACAGUAUACGAAAAUCAUGCCAAUAUUUUGUCCAAAAAUGUGUCAAUAUAUUUUUUGUCAAAAAAACGAUAACUUAGAUGUAAUGUGUCGUGGCUAAAUUUUGGCAAAACAUUUCCUCAAAAACUAAAUCAUACAGAAGGUACGAUAACCAAGAGGGUACACAAAAACUGUGGCAAACUUUUGUAAAAAAAAAUUAAAAAAAAAAAAAAAAAAUCUGCGAUAAACGACAGCCGAGACAGUCUCGGUGGCAAAAUUUGGGCGAAAAUUUUCCAGAAUGAUAAAAAAAAAGUGGGGCUCACAAUAACCAAAAACGGUGGAAACAUUUUGACAAAAACCUUCGUCAAAAACCUGAUCAUACAAAAAGUAAGGCGUACAAUAACCGAGGCAAUAUAUGAAAACUGUGGCUAGAUGUUCCCGCAUAUAUUCCUCAAAAACGAAAUCAUACCAAAAAACUGGGAGUACGAAAACCAACAUGGCAUACAAAAACCAUGGCAAUAUUUGGUGAAUAUUUUCCUCAAAAAUUAAAUCCUACAAAAAUGAUGUGGAUUGAUAUUUAUUGAUGAUAAUUCAAUUAGUUUGUUAUGCGUAAUGUUUAGCCGUAGGAUAUUCGAGCCAGUAUACAAAAACUGGCAGCAUUUUUACCAAAAUUUUCGUCAAAAACCGAACCAUAAAAAGAAAGUGUUGUACGAUAAAAACCUUGGCAAAAUAUUGACGUAAAUGUCCGUUAAAACCCGACUCAUUUAAAAGGUAGGGUGUACGAUGACUGAGAUACCGCUGUACCUGCGCAUUAUUUCAGUAAUUACACAGUAAAUCGGAAAUAACAGAUAAAAUAAACGUUAUUAUUCCUGUGAAGAAAAAUCAAAGUGAGUCAGUGAAACUAAAAAAUACAACACAUUCUAUUUAUAAGAGUUGAGUUAGAUAAAAAUGGAUGACUUAGCUGUAAGGAGAUAAUACAGAGUGUGUGAUUGCUUUAUAUCAGGAGAUAACAAACAGUAUUAAAAAUGUACUGUGAGUACAUGUAGGGCCUAAAACACAGAAACUUAGCCUUUAACUGACUUAAAAACUUUGUAUGUAGUACAGAAGAAUUUAAGAAAAAAGUAUAUAAUACAUUUGACAAGUCAUUGAGGGUAAGCAAUGAUUCCUAAUGACUGAAAUUUGAUAGCAUUUUCUACAAUGAAUAUUGCAAAUUGUAUUGUAAUGUACGAGAAAACUAUAAACAUAUGAAAUGUUUUCGUAAUGUAAAUAAUGUUUUUUCAAAUGAUGGCAAAUAUAUUGUUGUUUUUUUUAAUUACAGCAAUAGUUGACAUGGAUGCGAGUCUAAUGAUUAGCGAAAUAUUCCCACGCAAAAUGAGCUUAUUUUUUUUUUUAGUUUUUCGGAAAAUUCUCACAAAAUCGACUUUAAAAGAGGGUUGUGUAGGAGAAAGUCCAAGUUCACUGUACAUUGGGUACUUAUUGUGUUUUUCUGUAUUCGGUCUGUUUGUCACAAAAAAAAUUACCAUUUUAUGACAAACAUUUAAAAAAAAAAAAAAAAAAAAUCUCAGCAAUUUCAUACAUUUUUUUACAAAUAUUAUGAGGAUUUUUCGGGAUGUUCCUCCCAUCUUAUAAAAAAUGAAUACAUCCUGCAUAUUCAAUACUAGGCUCAAGUUGAUUGUACAAUGAGUCUUUCUUGCAUUGAUGACGUUCUGACUCUGCUCCAGCAAAAAAUAAAUAAGGUACUUUAAGUUCAGGUAUAAAAUGUACAAUCCUUCAUUUCAGUGUUUUUGCAAGUGCUAAGCUAACAUCUGUACAUUUAAGAACCAUGACGUCCUAAGCAAAAGUUUGGAAAAAAAAAAAAAAAAGCUUAAAGUGUUGCUUUGUGUUCAUACUAUGAAUUGUAAA